CCAGCUCCGCUGCAACCCGAAGCCUGGACUCCGAGCCUCGCGCAGCCCCCGGGCGCGAUGGACCCCGCGCUGGCGGCGCAGACGAGCGGGGCGGUGGCGGAGAAGGUGCUGCGGUACCGGCGAGACGCGUCGGGCUGGAAGACUUGCCGGGAAGGCAACGGGGUGACAGUCUCCUGGCGGCCAUCCACGGAGUUCCCGGGGAACCUGUACCGAGGGGAAGGCGUGGUGGACGCGGCCCCGCGGGACGUGUGGACCUACGUGAAGCCGUUCCCCGGGAGCCUGCGGGAGACGUGGGAUGAGAACGUGAGCAGCUUUGAAGUCAUCGAGAGCAUCACCGACACCUUGUGUGUGACCAGGACCGCCACGCCCUCGGCCGCCAUGAAGCUCAUCUCCCCGAGGGACUUUGUGGACCUGGCGCUGGCCACGGUGCAGGAGGACGGGACCCUCAUCUCCAGCGCCGCCAACCUGGAGCACCCGCUGUGCCCCCCGAGGCCGGGCUACGUGAGGGGACGGAACCACCCCUGUGGCUGCUUCUGCGAACCCGUGCCAGGGGAGCCCGGCAGGACCCGGCUGGUGGCCUUCUUCCAGACGGACCUGGGCGGGCUCCUCCCGCAGAGCGUGGUGGACAGCUUCUUCCCCCGCAGCAUGGCCGGCUUCUACGCCAACCUCCGCAGCGCGGUGAGGCUGGUGCCGGCGCGGGCAGAGGGCGCAGAGGCCGCGGGGCCCAUCCAGUGACGAGGCGCACGGACCGGGUGGCCCGCUGGGG